AUGGUUACAAUAGCAUCCCUAUUGGAAAUAGAAGUUAUUGUGAUGCGUUAUUAUUAUGAUGAUCAAAGGAGUGUUGGGCCCCCAGCGGAUUGUGGGGCCAAAACCGGCAACAUAAUAAGUCAUAAUGCACUUAGUGUAUACGGUGGAGGAGUUUUAUGUCCUUCGCCGUCGACAGCUUCAGGAUUUUUCAAUCCACGUAGUCAAGGAUCAGAUUUAAGUCCUCUUGAGUUGGGUUUUUCACGUAGCAUGGGACUUGUCCCACCACCUCCUCAUUCUGGAUGGCGAGACUCGGGCUUAUCAAAUCAUAUAGGAUCCGUAUCCGCAAAUGAUGAUCUUACAACUCUUGCACCAUCUCAGUCCCUUUUAAGUCAAUCUCAACCAAAAUGUGAACUACUUUUAUCACAAUCGACUCCUUCAAAAUGUGAAAUGCUUCCAAUGCAACAAAAUUCAACAUCUAACGGUAUGCAGUCACAUAGUAAUGCAAACGGAUCGUUAGCUUCUUCAAAUAAUAACAACAAUAGUAGUACUACAAACAACAAUAAUACUAUAACUUCAGGUUCAUCAUCAAUUGGAAGUUCAAAUGGAACUCAAGUUAGUGAUGUUAAAAAUCAAAAUAUUGAAUGUGUUGUGUGCGGAGAUAAAAGUUCAGGAAAACAUUAUGGACAAUUUACAUGCGAAGGUUGCAAGUCAUUUUUCAAACGAUCAGUGCGACGAAAUCUCACAUAUUCAUGUCGGGGAAAUCGAAACUGUCCAAUAGAUCAACACCAUCGAAACCAAUGUCAAUAUUGUAGAUUACGAAAGUGCCUCAAGAUGGGAAUGCGACGUGAAGCUGUGCAAAGAGGUCGCGUACCACCAACUCAACCACCAAUCCCAGGAAUGCAUGGACAAUAUUUGACAAAUGGUGAUGCCGCUGGAAUGUGUGGCUUUAAUGGGCAUUCUUACCUUAGUUCUUACAUAUCGUUAUUGUUACGAGCUGAACCUUAUCCGACAUCUCGAUAUGGUCAAACGUGUAUGCAAACAAACAAUAUUAUGGGUAUUGAUAAUAUAUGUGAAUUGGCAGCACGUUUGCUCUUUUCUGCUGUUGAAUGGGCUAGAAAUAUACCAUUUUUCCCCGAUUUACAAGUCACUGAUCAAGUAGCUUUACUACGAUUAGUAUGGUCAGAGCUAUUCGUUCUUAAUGCAUCACAAUGCUCAAUGCCCCUUCAUGUAGCUCCACUUUUGGCUGCUGCUGGUCUACACGCAUCACCAAUGGCUGCCGACCGAGUAGUUGCAUUUAUGGAUCACAUAAGAAUAUUUCAGGAACAAGUUGAAAAACUUAAAGCAUUACAUGUCGAUUCAGCAGAAUAUUCAUGUCUUAAAGCAAUAGUUUUAUUUACCACUGGUAAGUUACUUGAUAUCCUGUUCAUUGAUACGCAUGCUCUUUUGUCAAAAACUAAUCAAUCCUUUUCCACAUUAACAAAUGAAAAUGAUUUAAUGCAAUUAGUAAAAUUGCAUCUCGAAUCAUAUUCAUCUUCCAUCAACACUAGCUUUUUAAGUAGUAAUAGUAGUAAUAAUAAUAAUUCUAAUUUAAUUAAUCAUAAUUUGAAACCUAAUCCUGAACCUACUUCACCCAUCAGCAAUGAUCGAACCAAAUUGAACUUAUCAAAUACUAGUAGUAGCAUUAGUCAAUCACCCAAUACAUCGCAUAACUCUAGCUUAAAUAGUUCCUCUGGAAAUAGUUCUGGCAUAUCUGUCGGAAUAUCACCUCAGCUUUCAUCAUUUUACCACCAUCAUCAAGCUGCAUUUCAUGCUACAUCAAAAUCAUUUAAUGCACUUGAUGAUUUUCUUGCCAUUCAAAACGAUUCUUAUUCAUUCAACAAUAGCUUGAUGAAUUCCUUUAAUCAGUUUGCUAACUCUGAAACGUUUAUUUUAAAACUGUCCCUUAUUUACUUAAUAGAUGCAUGUGGACUCUCAGAUGUAUCACAUAUUGAAUCAUUACAAGAGAAAUCUCAAUGUGCUCUUGAAGAGUAUUGUAGAACUCAAUAUCCCAAUCAGCCAACUCGAUUUGGAAAGCUACUGCUACGUUUACCAUCUCUCAGAACAGUUUCAUCACAAGUAAUUGAGCAAUUGUUCUUUGUUCGGCUGGUUGGAAAGACUCCAAUAGAGACGCUUAUUCGCGAUAUGUUGCUAUCGGGAAGCAGUUUUUCAUGGCCGUAUCUACCAUCUAUGUGACAUACGGGUGCUUUGUGGCGACAAUUAGCUACCACUUCUUGAUCUACGCCUACCAUUGCAACUGAACCAGCCACUACUUCAAACUGCUUCAAUUCAACAUCGGCAACAACUUCUUCAUCAAUAAUAGAUCCAUUAUUAGGACAUUCUGGACUUUUUUCGUCAUCUUCCUCAUCAUCACCGUCUGCUACAUUUGCAACUGCGAAUUCAAGUUUCUAUGCUAAUUGUUAUGCUGCUCUAUCAGCUUCUACAUUUUCAAGUACCGUGGGCUCAUCAAACAUGAUGAACGGUAUGAACUUUUUUAAUUUAAAUUCAGCAAACCCCACAUCAGCGCUUUUUGGAACUGGAAACUCAAGUUCCGCAUCAUUGUAUAAAGAUAGUUGCAAAUAUGGAUCAUCUGCUCAAAAUGAGGAAGAAGAAGAUAGUGAAAGAUUAUUGAAUGAUGGAAGCACACAUGUCCACAAAACAGAUUCAAGUAAUACGCAUAGCUUCAAUGAACGAUCAACUGAGAAUAUAUCACAUGUUGGUGAAGAAAACACCAAUUAAUUCCUUAAAAAAUUUAUCUACAUAUCUUUUAUAUUCAAUUCUAUGCCUAUAAUUUCGGCUAUUUAAGUUUUCUCAAAUCGAGUAAACAGCAAUCAAAACUAUAUUUCGUUUCCUUGCAUGCAAACGUACUUAGUGUCAAUUACUUUUUUUUAUAUUUUUUAAUGUAUCACAAAAAAACAUUUAAAAACAUUAAAUAUCAAAUUAUUGUUCAGAUUAGUGAAAUUGCAUUGAAAAAAUUCUAGAAUUUAAAUAAAAUUUGAUUUCAAUUCUAAUUCUAUUUCGAUUCUAAAAUCAGAAUUUAAAUUGAACGAAUCAAUUCUGGAACUGUAAUUGAAAUUCUUCUUACAUUUUUUCUGCAUUUCUCAACGUUUCAUGACUUUUCCAGAAUGGGCUCAGUUCUGCGGAACUAAGCAGUUCCGCUAGUUCCUUCAUGUCUAUAUUGGACCAUAUGC